AUGGCGGCAAUCCUUCGGUUCCGAAAGUUGUGUUUCAUUGAGCCAACAUUGAAAAACUGUGGAUCAUCUGAAACCCCAAAAGACGAGAAACAAGAAGAAAUUCAAACAAUUACAAAACAAGAGUGCGAUAAGAACAAGAAGAAGAAUAAGAGAGGGUGGAAGUGUAUAGAUUCUUGUUGUUGGUUCAUCGGGUGCAUGUGUACUACUUGGUGGCUACUCUUGUUUCUGUACCAUUGUCUACCUGCUCAUUUGUCUGGGUUCAAAUCCCCUGAAUCACCUGGUGUAAGGCUCAAGAACGAAGGAUUAACCCCACUCCACCCUGUCGUUUUGGUCCCUGGAAUCGUCACCGGUGGCCUUGAGCUUUGGGAAGGUCGACCUUGUUCUCAUGGCCUUUUUCGCAAACGCCUUUGGGGUGGUAGCUUUGCCCAGAUCUUACAGAGGCCAUUGUGUUGGUUGGAGCAUUUGUCACUCGACAAUGAAACAGGACUCGACCCGCCAGGCAUUCGGGUCAGACCGGUUCCGGGUCUUGUUGCAGCAGAUUAUUUUGCUCCUGGGUAUUUCGUUUGGGCUGUUCUUAUCGAGAAUUUGGCUAAAAUUGGGUACGAAGGGAAGAAUAUGUAUAUGGCUGCUUACGACUGGAGACUUUCUUUUCAAAACACCGAGGUAAGGGAUCAAGCGCUAAGCAGAUUGAAGAUCAACAUCGAGCUAAUGUAUGUAACCAAUGGUAACAAGAAAGUGGUGGUGGUGCCACAUUCCAUGGGUGUCAUCUACUUCCUCCACUUCCUCAAAUGGGUGGAAGCCCCACCUCCGAUGGGUGGUGGCGGUGGUCCAGGGUGGUGUGACAAGCAUAUCAAAGCAAUCAUGAACAUCGGACCGGCGUUUCUUGGUGUUCCCAAGGCAGUUAGCGGGAUGCUAUCAGCCGAAGGCAAAGACGUUGCUUUUUUCAGAGCCAUGGCUCCUGGUGUGUUAGAUUCAGAGAUUCUAGGGCUUCAAACUUUAGAACACAUGAUGCGUGUAGGUCGAACAUGGGACUCUGUGAUUUCAUUGCUUCCAAAAGGGGGAGACACCAUUUGGGGUGACUUAGAUUCCUCCCCAGAAGAUAUCCAAACAGUAAGUAGUUAUCAGAGACAAAACAACACGAAACAUCAAAUCGAAAUUAAACAAGAAACGAAAUACGGAAGAAUCAUUUCAUUUGGGAAAACAGCUUCCGAGCAACAUUCUUCAAAUCUCACAACUCAUGACCUUGUAAAAGAUAAGUUGGAUUCGGGUAUGAAUUGUGGUGAGGUUUGGACUGAAUAUGGUAAGAUCAGCCGUGAGAACAUCAUGAAACUUGCGGAUAACAAAGCAUACACAGCCGGAACAUUGAUCGAUCUACUACGGUUUGUAGCUCCAAAGACUAUGAAACGGGCAGAGGCCCAUUUCUCACAUGGCAUAGCAUCGGAUCUUGAUGACCCGAAAUAUUCCCAUUACAAAUACUGGUCAAACCCAUUAGAGACAAAACUACCACAUGCUCCAGACAUGGAGAUUUACUGUUUAUACGGGGUGGGGCUUCCAACAGAAAGAUCAUAUGUGUAUAAAGUCUCACAGUCUGACAAAUGCAAUACAAUUCCGUUUCAGAUUGACAGCUCAGCGGAGGGGAAGUGGUUACGUGGCGGAGUUUACUUUGUUGAUGGGGAUGAGAGUGUACCGGUUUUGAGUGCGGGGUUUAUGUGUGCGAAAGGGUGGAGAGGGAAAACAAGGUUUAAUCCAUCUGGGAGUAGGACGCAUAUACGGGAGUAUAGACAUAAAGCUCCGGGGAGUUUGCUGGAGGGGAGGGGUUUGGAAAGUGGGGCCCAUGUUGAUAUAAUGGGGAAUGUGGCGUUGAUUGAAGAUGUUUUGAGGGUGGCUGCCGGAGCUUCUGGGGAGGAGAUAGGUGGUGAUCGGAUAUAUUCUGAUAUAUUGAAGAUGGCGGAGAGAGUAAAUAUCAAACUGUAGGUGUAAGUUUUGAGCAGCGUUAUCUGCAAUCUUCAACUAAGGGAUGAGUGGUAUGAUCAACGGCAGUGAUGGUUGGUUUAGGGUCUCGUUGAUGACUAUCAUUGCGGAAAAAGAAGAAAACAUAUCAUGAGAGAGUGAGAGAGGGGUCCAAUCUCAUCGUAGUUUGUCUUUUAUGUACGCCUGAACUUUAGUUCAAAUAAAGUGCUCGAGUGAGCCGUGUUAAUCGUGUGCUUGUGAAUACAAUCUUUUUAGGGGUUAUGAAAAUGGACACAUGGACAAUUUUGAUA